CAUACACACAAUGAGCUCUCUCUUUGAACUGAAAACACUUCAUUUAAUGCACCAGAUUUGAGCAGCCACGGAUUUUUUCUCCAUAUGAGGAAGAAAAUCUUGAAAACACCUUGUCUCCUCUUGAGUCUGUUCACAAGUUUGAAUCUCUGCUCCGGAAAAUUUGGGACGCCGAUAACAGAUGAUGUGAGCAAGCUGUCAUUAUUGAAGCAGAAUAUCCCGUCUGAUUAUGAGAUUCCUGUUAGUUACAUUCCCAAAGAAGUGGCUGGCACGUGCUGGGUGGUGUUAAAUAUCUAUCCUUUGGAGCAAAGUCUUCGGAAGCUGGCCAACAUGUUUGGUGCCAUCUCCUCCAACAAAGAAAACAUAAUUGUCUUCAUUGCGAUGCUGAAGAGUUUACGCUUCACCUUUGACCAUGAGGAACUGGAAACAGCGAUGCAAGUGUUCCAGUGUCACUAUCGGGAAGGGAGCUUAAUGUCUGGUCUUUACUUCGACUACAUCAAAGACGUCUUACAUGCCGCCUCUCAAGGAACAUCUGGCUUGUCAUGCAAGCCGCCACCAUGCCUUAAUCCACAUCAAACACCAGGAGGUCAGAAGGAGGGUCGUGACAGCUGGUCCAAGAGAACUCCCUUGCUUCUGGCUCUCAUCCCCUUCACAGCUUGUGUUGUUAUCGUCGUGUGGAUGGUCAAGUCUGGGAGGCUUUUACCACUGUGCAACGCUGAAAAUAGCCAAAUGGCACCUUCUGAUAUGAUCCCAACUGUGUCUAUCUCCAUCCCACUUCAAACACUCACCCACGCUGCUGACACUCAGCCAGUGGGGGAGAUUAUUCCUGAACAUGAGAGCGGAUGAAGCAUAAUUAAUAGAAAAGGGAAAUCUGGACCGCGGUAUAACAACUCACACUCCAGGUUGUUCUGUUAGUGGCAGGAGCCUGCUGGAUAAGUGUGGUCUGACACUCUUCCUCUGCUUCACUCAUCUGAGUGCAUGGACCCGAGCUAUGAGAGAAAACUCACCUGCUGUGAAGGCAGGUGUGUCACAAAAUUCCCCAGGCACUUCUAGCACUUAACCAUCCAAAGAGGUUUUUUUUGGGAUCAGAGGAAGGACUUACUACAAAAUGGCUGGUUAUGUGCCAAAAUAGCUGGUUAACUAUAUUACCUGUCUUGUCUUGGCAAGUGUUUAAAAGCAUUUGGCUAGCCUUCUCUGAAGUUGAGUUUAUUUUUCAUUUCUGCCAGUCUGGACUGUUGCCAUGCACCAGUUUUGCGAUGUGUUCAAAUGUAUCACUGGAGCCUCGAAUCACAAUGAUAUCACUCUGUUUGGAAGACAUAAUUUCAUUCUGAGAUGGGACUCCUAAUCCCAACCUGCUCCUGUAUUCUGACUUCUACUGAAAUGCAUUAGGGGUAUAUGCGAAGAAGUAUCAAUACUGCUUUUUGUUAAUGCAUCAAAAGUAAAGUGUGUUUGAUCUCAUGCAGCUUGUCUUGUACUUGUUGUUGACAUUAUUCUGAUCUGUCACAAAUUGCAAACCCGCUUGUCACAAACAACACGCCGGGCACUUCAACAAGCGUCCUACUUUGUGUAUCAAAGAUCUGACCAGAUGACAGAUAGCCAUCGCCAGAGGCACUUUGAAUCCCGUCAUUGUAUCUCAAAGCUGUUGCCCAGUGAUCUAUAGCUGUUGCUCGGCCACAGUGAGUGUGUUUUUAAUGCCUUAUUCACUGAGUCAAUCAUGUUCAGUCAUGAGAACAUGACUUCCUGAGUGUGAGCGCUCUUGUACUGUAUGUGUCAGAGAGAGGGAGUGAGUGGCAAGGCAGACAGGACGCGUGAAAGUGAGGGUGAUAGGGAUAGAUAGAUGGAUGGACGGAUGAGCUCAGUGAGAAGCAUAAGGAGGGCUUGUUCUCGCCACAAAAGAACUGGCCGUAGGCUGGAGGAAAUGCCAGUUACAAACACGAUUGAUGUCGGCAGAUCCCUAUGAAUCAACAGGCUAAGAAUCUUUCCAAACCGCAGGCUGUGUAGCCUAAUCUGCAGGGAUGGGAGGAUGGUUAUUUCAAUAACUGUUUUCUGUAUUUUAAUGAUUUACUUCCAAAACACAUAAAUUAAAUAUGGAAAUAUACAUCUUUAUUAAAAUGUUUUCAUGUUGUAGGCAAGGUCUACAACUUCUCAACAACUGUCUUUCUGGUGACCAAUUUAAAUUUUUGUAUUUUUGUGAAAAUCUGUAUUUGUAUUGUACGGACGAUAUUUAAGUUAUUUUGUUACAAGAUAAACUACUUACUAAAUGUAAUGAGCUUUUUCUACAAUUGUAAUGUUGCAAAAAUAGAGCAAUUCAAGUCAUGAAUGUACAGUGGGUAGACAAAAUACUUUGAACAUUCCAGGAAAACUAAUUAUACCCUUGAACUAAAUCAUAAGUGCAAAGUGUGAUACAGUUGUGGGUCAUAAAGUUGGGUCACUGUCUUUUUAUGAAAUGUUUACAUGAUUUUGUCUACCCAAUUCAAAUGGCACGAGCAAAAACAUGUUGUCAAUAUGUUGUAUGUUCUGACCUAUUUGUCAUCAAUGUAAAUAUCUAUUCAAUAUUGGUUCAUCAUAUUAUUGUUGUCGGCAAAACAGUGA